CUGUCAUUCUCCAUUUUUUGGUCGCAACAAUGCCUGAGAUUGAAGAGCUCGAGCAAGACGAGGACUUUGUGCAAGUUGAGCGGGCGGACGCAGCGUCGCCACCACCUGAGACGCCUGCCACCACUGCGACCGACUCGACUGCAACUGUGUCGAGUGACGCUCGUGCUGCAUCUACGCAACCGCCUCCGGUGUCCGAGCAGCGUGGCGCUGGGCUGGGCGGUUCGGCGACUGAUGACGCUGCUUCUUCUUCUGCGAACUCUUCCUCGACUUCUGCUGCUGCUGCUUCCAAGGCUGGCUCGUCCUCCAAGCCCAGCGACAGCAACAGCAACAACAAGGGAGAACGAGCGUCGGGAAUGGCAAAGUCCAAGGCGACCGACGCGAGUGCUGAGCUGGACAGCGGCAACAGCAAGGAUGAUGACGAGGUCGACAUGCUCGGCAGCGGACAGCUCCUCAAGAAGACGCUGCGCGCGGGCAAAAUCGAUACGAGGCCGCAGAAUGGCGACGUGGUCACUGUGGCGUAUGCAUUGCGACUCGCGGGCUCGACUGAGAUUGUCGAGCAGGUCGACUCGGCCACCUUCCGCUUGGGCGAAGGAGACACUUUGCUCGCCAUCGACCUUGCUUGCGCCAUGCUUGACAUUGGUGAACUCGCACGAAUCAAAGCCUUCCCCAAGUUUGCCUACAAGGAGGCUGGAAAGCCCCCUGGCAUUCCUCCGAAUGCGCAUGUCGAGAUUGAGCUCGAGCUCAAGAAGGUGGAAAUGUCGGACGCAGACGCCCCGCUCACAUCGGUCGAGUCGCUGCUCCACGCCCUGAACGGCAAGAAGGCUCGCGGCAACGAGCUGUUUGGCCGAGGAGACUGGGAGGAGGCCAUCAACUCGUACUCGCGCGGCCUCAGGCUGAUCGAGAAGGGAUUGGCGCGUCAGACAGAGAUUGAGGAGACGCUCAAAAAGUUGGACGACUCGGAAGAUUCGGCGGAAGCGCGCAAGCUGCUCACCUCGCGCGCCGCCACCAACGAAGAGCGGUCAGAGCUCCGUACAUUGCAUUUGGCCUUCCUAAACAACGUGGCGACCUGCCAAAUCAAGCUGGAGCUCUAUCACCAAGCGCUCGAGACUGUUGGCACGGCCUUGAAGCUCGACCACAUGAACAUCAAGGCGCUUCUCCGCAAAGCGCAGGCAUUGCGCUACCUGAGCAACUUUGACGAGGCGCUCGCCCCGCUCAAUCUUAUCAUGGAGGCCAUCUCCCCAGCCCAGCGACCACCGAGUGAUGUUCGCGAGGAGCUGACGUUGGUGAAGCAGCUCAAAAAAGACGCCGACGACAAGGACCGGGUCGUCUAUCGCCGCAUGAUGGAAGCAAUGAAGCGACAACACAUGCGAGAUCCCGUGGCUGCACUCGCUGCCGAUGAAGCCGCCGAGCGCGACUGGAAGGCUUGGAGCGACAACAAGUGGCGAAAUCCUGACUUUUGGCUGCUCUGGGGCUCCAUUGUCUGUGCGAUUGUGCUGGCUGUGGUGCUGCGUCAAUCAGGCGUUCUCGAUGCGCUCAUGCCCGGCGAUGCAAAUCCGACCGUCCCGAGCGGUCAGCAUGGCGAACUUUGAAACGCCCCUGUCGACGUUUCGUGUGCGAUGUGUGUUGUGGAUGAUGUGAAUUGCGUUUUGAAUUGCAUGCGGAAAAUCUCCUCCUUUUGUUGCGUUGAUCGUGGGUGGUUGUUUGUCUGUUGAAAGUACGAAACGUACAGUGUACUGACUCUAUUUACGUUUUUUUGGUUUUUGUGGAUGAAUGGAGUGACUUUUUGAGAUCAAAAUUGUUCUUCUUCGAACUACAACAAAACGUUGUUUGAAAAAAAAAUGCGUAAAUUAAAUGUAUUCCAAUGCUCUCAA